AUGCGAAACUUCUUCAUACAAGCUCGGGCUUUCGAGGUCUGCCGGUCCAUCAUCUUCAACGAGGCGAGUUUUCUGGCCGCUCCCGAGUGGAUGAGGUUGACGGAUGCCCUGGCGGAUACCGGCGAUGGAGCGCCAGGUUCUGCCCUCAACGAAAUGCUGAAGCUUAUAGUGCUCUGUUCAUCACUGCGAGUCCGCACAUCUCAGUUCAUUCAAUCCUUAACAGCUACGUCGAGCUCCAGCUCUGGCAACACACAUCUUGACGCUCUCGAAAUAGCCACCGAAGGCUUCGAGCUUUGCGAAGCGAUGGAAGAAUGGAAGUCGAAAGCAUCAUUCCAGCAACAAAACCAGCAAGAGGCGCUUCUCUCCACGACGUUUUACUCGGCAACCAGGAUCUAUCUCUCCGGAAACUACGACUACGACUUACAACACUGGCGCGCCAUGGCCGUAGCAGUACCGGUUCUGCACGAGGAUCAGGUGAAUGAACAUUUCGAGACCAUCAUCCACACAACGAGAAGCGCUUUGAAGUCCUCUCGGCUGUCGCCGUUGCUGUUUCUGUUUCCACUGAGAGUCGCCGGCGCGCGAGCGCGGCGGCGGGAGCAGCGUGAUGCUGUGAGCGACCUUCUUCGCGAGGUGCGCAAGCAAUUCGUUGUUGCCGAUGCGAUGUUGGAUGAACUGAAGAAACUGUGGUCACGAAGCCCUAUUGCGCCAUGA